AUGGAUAAAACCAGUCCAUCCUGGAAGCAAAUGGGUAUCGUAGAUCCCAAGGAACGAAUCAAGAACCUUACAGAACAAGCCUCGAAAAUAGAAAUUGAUCCCAAUAUUGCGCCUAAAAGAUAUUAUCGCACUGGAGUAGAAAUGGUCAGAUUAGCAAACAUGAACAUGCAAGAUGGCAGCUAUGAAAAUGCAUUUACACUAUAUAUGAAAUUUAUAACACUUUUCGUGGACAAAAUAAGGGACCAUCCCCAAUUUGAUAGUGUAUCAUCUAAGGACAAGGCAAUGAAUAGGGAUGCUUUACGAGCAGUCAUUCCUAAAGCUGAAAAACUGAAGAAACAAUUAUUGGAUCAAUAUCAAGCAGAGUUGGAUAAGUAUUUAGAGGAUUUAAAGGAAAGAGAAAGGAUUGAGAAAGAACGUUUAAGGCAAGAAGAACUUCAAAGGCAAAAAGAAGAAGAAAACAGAAGGAACAAAAUGGCUGCUCUUGCUGCUGUCAAGGCAGCUAAGGCUGCUAUUACUGCUAAUGUACCAGUGGAAACAAAACAUUUGCCUUCCAUUGCACCAAAAACUGUGAUAAAUCUUACAAAUGAUGAUAAAGCAUUUAAGACUUCCAAGGAUAUAAAAACACCGACAGUGGAUCGUUCUACAAAACCUUCCUUAUUAACAAGCGACGGAUUAUCUUUGCGUGAUGUUAUUCUGCCGACUAAAUUAAUGCAUGACUUUCUAACGCUCGCCUUUAACAACACGACGAGCAAUAAAGAAACAUGCGGUAUUCUGGCUGGGCGAUUGGAACGAAAUAAACUAAUGGUAACGCAUCUCCUGAUACCAGAACAAACUGGCACUCCAGAUUCUUGUACUACACAUAAUGAAGAAGAUAUCUUCGAUUAUCAAGACCAGCAUAAUCUUAUCACUCUCGGCUGGAUUCAUACGCAUCCUACGCAGACUGCAUUUUUAUCAAGCGUAGAUCUUCACACGCAUUGUGCUUAUCAACUAAUGAUGGCGGAAGCUAUAGCGAUAGUUUGCGCACCCAAAUAUGAUGAAACUGGAUUUUUCAUCUUAACACCCGAUUAUGGUUUAGAUUUUAUUGCAAAUUGCAGAGAAACAGGUUUUCAUCCACAUCCUACUGAACCACCACUAUACACGAAAGCAAGACACUACAAAUUAGAUGUAAUGGCACUUCAAGUCGUGGAUUUACGUAGAAAAUGAUAAUAUCUCAGAUAUAAGAUAAUUAGAGGAAGGAAGGAGGUUGCUGAAUAUUUUAUUUUUUUUACUAAGUAAAUUUUAACGUGACACAAUUCUUAUUAAUACCAGUUUGUUAGCCAUAGAAUUCUACCAUCACCCUAUAGAUAGAAGUUUAUUGGGUAUAUAGAAUAAACGUAAUGUAUAAUUUAUUCGAGAGGGGAAAAAGGAUGCAUUUAAGAUAGAAGGAUUAUGGAAUAUUAACAACUGUCAUAAAAGGCACUUACAAAAAAAUCAUAAAUUAAUAGUCCUUCGUAUAUCUUAGUGCUAUAAAAGACUUUAUAAACAUCUUAUAAAAUAUGUUUUAUUUGAAAGAAAAAGAUAAUUUUUUAAAGUAAUUUCUUUGCUGCUAAGUAAGCAUUAUGCAACGUCCACUAUGAAGUUUUAAAGUCGUAAAAAUGGUCUUACGCUCGUAAUAUAAAUGGCUCAUGACCCCUCUCACUACUUGAUGUAAUGAUUUAUAUGCCGAAUUCAUACACACAUUAAAUUCAAUUAUGUUAUUUGAAAACCACAUUCAAGGCCUUCAAGACUAAAGUUAUAAAAUUAAUAUCUAACGUACUUCUCAAAAUUACAUAGAGAAUAUAUACUUGUAAAAUCGCUACUACCUGCAAAACUGAAACUCAGCUUUUAUAAAAACGCAGUGAACAGUAAUGUUCAGUAAUUAUGUCUAAAUAGACCGUAACGAAGUAACUUUAACAGUUGCUCUUAGAAAUCAACGCAAAUUAUUCAGCGAGAUAUGGUAUCUCUUCACCCCACACGUAUCUCACGACCCCCGUCUUUCCUCUAUUUUAUUAAAAAGUACUUUUAAUUAAAUCUUCAAAAAUAGCAAUUUAUAAUAAAAAUCGUGAAUCUUAUGCGAUUAGUACAUAUUUACACAGUAUUGAAAAUCUAUGACCAGUGAAUAAUUUCAUUACAAUGAAAAUGCGCUAUGAAAUGUAUUAAUAUUUAAAGAAAAUGUUAUAUUUAACAUUUACAACAUAAAAUUUAUAAUAUAUUGAUUGUUCUUGCAAAUAGACGGAAGAUAUAAAAAAAGAUUGUAAAUUAUACCCGAAAUUAGUACGAAGAAAUUAUAACGAAUUAAUAAUUAUUAAACUUCUGAAUUACAAGACAGAAAUAUUUACGUAUGAUUGAUGAUAGCAGUAACAGUAGAUGCAAAAUAAUUUCUUGUAUUUAAUAUUUUCUCAAUUUUAAUCAAAAACUUUAAUUUAUUAUAAGUAUACUUACAAUUAUGAAGCAAAACUAAAUAUACAUUUAUGUACAAAAUCUCAAUGACAUAUUAUGUACACAAUCUUUGUUAGCAUGUUAUCUUGUUACACAUAUUGUAAUAUAUAAAAUUUAAUAUUUUAUUUUGUUUUUAUAGUAACAGAUUCUUAUAAUUUUUGCUUGAAAUAUAUUUCUGGAAAAGAUAUAGAACAUAUUUUAUAGAAUUUUUGUUUCUUUGUUGUAUAAAAAGACAAUUAAAUAAUAAAUAUAUUAGUCUCAUAA